UCAGUUAGAGAUCAACGUUGUUAUUUUAGAUUUAAGCAGUUUACUUAGUAAUCCUAUGGAAUCAAUGCAUGCUAGGAAGUGAGAAACUGGGUUUUUACCUUUGGAUUUGACUCAUCUAAAGUAAAUGGAGUGGAGUGUAUUAAUAAUCACAACAUAUGAGAAUUGAGAUUGUAACUAACUUUAGAGUUCGUUGUGUAUGCGUUUGAUUUUAUCACAAUUCUCAACAGUUGAAAGUGCACUUCCUCAUCUUUAAAGGAGCUAAAUCCUUGUCUUUGAUUGGUACUAGUUUAGUUUCUUUUCUCAAUGUAGUGAUGAAGUCAAGUGUGGUUUGCUAGAUAUGUUUAUUUUAUAUAAACUAUAAAGGAACAUAUUACAGCAGGAAGUUGGAAGAUUGAGUAACUAGUUCGCCACCCAAUCUCAAUGAUAAAAGGAAUGGUUUUACUUGGUGAAUAUGUUGUUUUAGUAUUUAUAGGGCUUAUAUGAUUGCUGCAACAAACAGCUUGAACUCAUAGCUCUCAUUUAUAGUCUCUAUAAGAUGGAGGUUUGCAAGGUCUUAGCCUCCCUCUUUUUGGAUUCACCUAAUGCAGUUCAUGAGAUAACAAUAUCAGCUCAAGACGAGGCACACAGACAAGGAAGGUGUUUGUGACAAAAACUAAGGUUUGAAUAUGCUUCAAAGUGCACACCUAGUGUUGUCAGGGCACACCACCAUCUCAGGUUUUGCCUUCAGACCCUCUAAUCCCUCUAUUAAGACAACCUCUUCACUGGGUUUCUACAUGGAGCAAUCUCCUCCUUUAAAGCUAAAGCAGUGUCACCAACCCCAUCUUGCUUGUCAAGCAACAACACAGGAUGAUACAGUUUCUCUAAGGAAUAAUGAGUCACCUGUUCAUGGACUAUCUGAAGUGGUUGUUGGGGUUCUAGGAGGAGGGCAACUUGGUCGUAUGAUGUGUCAAGCUGCUUCUCAGAUGGCCAUUAAAGUCAUGGUUUUGGAUCCACAGGAGAAUUGCCCUGCUAGUUCCCUAUCUUAUCAUCAUAUGGUUGGAAGCUUUGAUGACAGCACUACAGUGGAGGAAUUUGCCAAGAGAUGUGGAGUAUUGACUAUUGAAAUUGAACAUGUUAAUGUUGAUACAUUGGAAAAACUUGAGAAACAAGGAGUUGACUGUCAGCCCAAAGCCUCUACAGUAAGAAUUAUUCAGGAUAAGUAUCAGCAAAAGGUUCACUUCUCCCAGCAUGGCAUUCCACUUCCUGAGUUUAUGAAGAUAGAUGAUCUCGAAGGUGCUAAGAAAGUAGGGGAGCUCUUUGGCUAUCCUCUUAUGAUCAAGAGUAGGAGAUUAGCUUAUGACGGGCGAGGAAACUUUGUCGUCAAAAGUGAAGAGGAACUUCCUUCUGCUGUGGAUGCUCUUGGAGGAUUUGGUCGUGAUUUAUAUGCUGAAAAAUGGGCGCCUUUUGUCAAGGAACUAGCUGUCAUUGUGGCGAGAGGCAGAGACAAUUCAAUUUCAUGCUAUCCUGUUGUUGAAACUAUACAUAGGGACAACAUAUGUCACAUAGUUAAGGCUCCGGCUAAUUUGAAAUGGAAGACGAGGGAGCUUGCCUCGGAAGUAGCUUUGAAUGCUGUUAACUCUCUAGAAGGUGCUGGUGUGUUUGCAGUUGAAUUGUUCUUGACUAAGGAUGGACAGAUUUUAUUAAAUGAAGUGGCACCUAGACCUCACAAUAGUGGUCAUCACACAAUUGAAUCUUGCUAUACCUCACAAUAUGAGCAACAUUUGCGGGCUGUUGUUGGUCUUCCACUUGGUGAUCCAUCACUGAAAACUCCAGCUGCUAUCAUGUACAAUAUAUUGGGUGAAGAAGAGGGGGGUCUUGGUUUUCAAUUAGCUCAUCAAUUGAUCAAAAGGGCAUUGACCAUCCCUGGGGCAACUGUUCAUUGGUAUGAUAAGCCAGAGAUGAGAAAGCAACGAAAGAUGGGCCAUAUAACCAUUGUUGGGCCUUCCCUUAGCAAUAUUGAAAGCAAUCUUGCUGUAUUGGUGGAAGGGAAAGAAUUAGAUGGCAAGACUGCAGUUGCACCACAUGUGGGGAUCAUAAUGGGUUCUGAUUCAGAUCUACCUGUUAUGAAAAGUGCUGCUGAAAUCUUAGAGAUGUUUGGUGUGCCUCACGAGGUAAGAAUAGUUUCAGCUCACAGGACUCCAGAAUUGAUGUUUUCUUAUGCCUCAUCUGCUCAUGAACGAGGCAUACAAGUCAUUAUUGCUGGUGCUGGUGGUGCAGCUCACUUGCCUGGUAUGGUUGCUGCCCUUACUCCCUUGCCUGUUAUUGGCGUUCCUGUGCGUGCUUCUACCUUGGAUGGGAUUGAUUCACUCUUGUCAAUUGUCCAGAUGCCGAGAGGUGUCCCUGUUGCCACUGUUGCAGUUAAUAAUGCAACUAAUGCUGGAUUGCUGGCAGUGAGGAUGUUGGGUGUUGCCAAUGAUAAUCUUCUGUCAAGGAUGAGUCAAUAUCAAGAGGCCCAAAAGGAAAGCGUAUUGGGCAAAGGAGAUAAGUUAGAAAAACAUGGCUGGAAAUCCUACUUAAACAAUAGUUAAUUAUCCCCAUUAAUUUGGUGAUUAUUUUUUAGGCUCAUUUCUCAUUUUUGGUCAACUACAAAAUUUUGAUAGAAAAGAUUUCACAUGGAGGGUGUAUAGACCCAUGGUAUCAAUAAGUAGGUUAAGAAUAAUUCGAGCUAUAUGUUUUGUUACCUAAAUCAACAGGUUUUCUAUUUUCUAUUGCUAACAUAUAGCAACAGAUGAAAAUUGUGUAAUCUGGCAGAAAAUCCUUGUAUUCACAUUGAUAUUGACUGUUAUCAAAAUAAGUCCCUGCCAGUGUUGUGGGAUAGAUUUGAUCAGCUGGAAAGCAAAUGAUGAGCCAAAAUGUAGAACUUGUAUUUUAUUUUGGUUGCUAGGUGAAGUUGGGAACAAAUUUUGGUUUUAUAUUUUCCUUUUGGUCCAUA